AAUAAAUAUGAGCGAUAGUAAGACCAAGGCACUGCAAUACUUCAUCCAAGAAGCAACUGUUGGAGAGCUUGAAUAUAUCAUUGAUGAUAUUGGCACCAUCGUUGGGAAUAAAGAUUUCCUCCAGCAACCAGAAAUCAUCCAAGCCCUGAGGGAAUACCAAGAAAGACACCUUAACCAUCAAACCCUUCCAGAUGGAACAAAGGUAGUAGUUACAGAAAAGGGAAGAAGAGAGACUGAAGUCACGAAGGAGCCAGAGCCUGAGGCUGAAGGUGAAGGAGAGCAACCUCCAGCAGAGACUGAUCCAUUUGAGUUUACUUAUGUUGAUGAAGCAAGAAAUAUUAAAUUCACCCUUAAUGUAAACUCAGGAGAGGUCAAGGUAGUCAAUGAUGCUGAAAAGCAUCAUGAUGAAGCUGUCCAAGGGUUUAAAGAGCAAUUAGUAGAGUCCCUUGAUAAGUAUAUUGCUGGCCACUAUAAGGAACUUACCACUUUGGGCACUGUCUCUGUGGAAGGAACAGACCAGAUCACAGCUCAUAUCGAAAUAUCUUGUCAUAAUCUUAACCAUAAGAACUUCUGGGGAGGUGAAUGGCUGUCUAGAUGGACUGUAACACAUACUCUGGGUUCUUCUGACUUUGAAAUAACAGGCAGGAUCAAUAUUCACAAUCAUUAUUUCGAGCAAGGAAACAUUCAGUUCGAGCUCAAUAAAUCUUUCGAUUCUCCAACAGCAGGAACUGUUAGUGGAGAUGCUGCCGAAUCAAUUAUUGCGGCCAUCAACAAGCUUGAAGAAAACUACCAAGUAUCCCUGGAAGAGAUGUACGAAGAGAUCUCAGAUAACCACAUGAAGAAUCUCAGAAGAAAGUUGCCCUUCACUGGAAAGAACUUCGAAUGGGGAGUUUCCAAGUUAAUGUAA